AUCCCACCCCUCAGCAUGGGUGUGAAAAGCCCAGUCUGCCCCCAGCAUCCUCAGGAGCCCUCCUGCAAGGCCACGAAGAUGAGCCGUCUCUGCCUCUCUGCAGCCCUUCUGGUCCUCCUGGGCACCCUGGUGGCCGGUACCCCAGAGGGUGACGACAGCAACAAGGAUGAUGGUCUGCGCCCUGCCUUCUGUCUGCAGCCUCCAUACACCGGUCCCUGCAGGGCCAUGUUCACCAGGUACUUCUACAACGCCGUGUCCGGACUAUGCCAGACCUUUACUUACGGCGGAUGCAGAAGGAAGCCGAACAACUUCCUGAGUGAGAAGGAGUGUAUCAGCACCUGUGGUGGCCGCAACAGAGCCCAGGUGACAACUGUCCAGAGUGGAGAUGGGAGUGGCCUGGAUGCAGCAGAGAGCAGUGACUACAGAGGAGACAGCAAGGAGGGACAACCAACAGGCUUUUCUAGGAGACUGCUCGGAGUGAGGAAAGGGAAGAAGCAUUGAAAGCAGUCAGGUAUUGAAACCCCUUCCAGGUGGGAGAAGUUAAGGAUUAAUGAUGGUAAUCUGCCCACAAGCAUGUAGACCCCAGACCCAUUGGACCUACCUGCAGGUUGAUGAUGCUGACUCCUACUAUGUCACCACCAACCCAUCAGAAGACUAUCAAUGAGCUGAUCAUGUCCUCUUUGCACAAUCACUGUAAAACUUCUCACUAUCUUCUCCAAGUUGGGACACAUGCUUUUGAGGGUGUUCGAUUGCUGUGGCGCCGUUUGCCUGGCAAAGUAACAAAGCUGUUCUUUUCUGCUUCGCCCAAAACUCUGUUUCCAAGAAUCAACUCGGCACCAGUAUACAAAGAAGCUGAAUUUUGGACCUUAGUUUUCCCUUUGACUCUUAAUAUAAUCCUACAAAACA